AGACAGAAAUUGAUGAUGAUGAAUCUGGUGAUCGUCUUAAUAUCAUUAACCCUGUUCCAAAGUUGCUUGGCAGGGGGGAUCUUCGAUUUUACAACAACUGGACUCGACGGAAGUGAAUAUGAGGAAUUCCGCCAAUCGGACAACUCGUUUGUGGUCUUGAAAAACAACGCAGAGCCAACAAGAGUAAUCGAGGACGCCAACAAGGGAGUCUGGAUUCUGUUUUUCUAUAACAAUCAAGACUCGUGUUUCGUUCUGAAAAUGACAGAGGAGCAAAGAAUGGAAGUCAACAGGACAAAUGGAAAGAAAAUAUUCUCUAGUGAAAUGCUCGAAAACUUUGACGUCCAACCAGCUGACCCCGUUGACCCCGAAAUUCAAGGUCAGUGCGGUGCCGACCGGAAGGUCAUGAAUCUCAUCCCAACAGAGGACGAAGAUUCGAUGGACGAAGAAGGUGACCCCAUUGUGAAGAGAGCGUGCCGCCGAAGGAUCCGGUGCACCAUCAAGCUGUACCGCAUUUGUUGCAGAAGCCGAACGAGGUCAUGCCGCUUUGGAAGGAUACUCAUCAAACCAAGAAAAUGUAUCCUGUUCCGAAUCAUCCACUGCAAACCCGUUUGCAUUUAACUAAGAAAUGAAUAAGCGCUGGUAACACCCAUUUUAAAGAGACAGACCAUAGUGUAUCUUAUUCCGAAUCAUCCACCGCAAACCCCUUUGUAUUUAGCUAAGAAAUAAAGAAGUGCACUCAGUUUAAAGUGAUAGACUCUAUUUUUCAAACACAACAGUGUUGUAUGGCGUUGUUAUAGCGUCAACAAGUCUCAGUCUUGAGUUUAAAGUCUUUGUAUUUUGUUUCCCCGUUCAGAUCGCCACUCACGUGCCUUCCUUUCACGUCCGAUUUAAUUGUUGUCAAGGGAUACUUUUAUUAUAGGGUUUUCUGGUUUCUCUCCUUCUGUUCUGGACCCAGUCACUGGCUAAGUCAGAUAUUGUGCCCGGGAGAGACGUGCUUGAACCUUAAUUCGAUAUAGGCACGUUACUGAGUUAUCCAAUCCAAUCUGGUUUUCCCAUAUCAUAAGGAGGUACGCAAGGUGUGAAUUCGAACUUUACUUUUUAAUAUUAAUUUUUAAUUCGUAUAAAGUCAACGUAACCUUUUGCACAUCCUGUCCAUCGAUUUUGUUUUAAUAAACUGUCAGACUUAUAUUUUAUAUGACAAGUAAAUAAUAAUAAUAAAGGUGUUUUACAGCGA